AUGCUUACAAGCCUGGGUGUCGAAAGCGUCGACGACCUCCAGUUUGUAACCGAAGAUGAUGUGUCAGCAUUUGUGAAACCUAUUCAAGCACGAAGACUAAUUGCUAAUUUCAAAGUAAGAGAUAGUGACAUUCCUGAUUGUUAUACCACUGAGCUGCUUCUAGGAGAACCUCAGCCCUCACCAUCCCCAGCCAGCAACGUUUGUGCCACAUCAAACCUUAACCCGAACUGGAUGGAAAACUUUAAAGUGCCUUGGGAUGACAUGCCUGCAAGUUUGAAACGUGCACUACAACAGAAAAUUCGGCCAACUCCUCGUGACAGACGUAAAAUGGUGCGCCUAAUUGUUGCAAGGGCAAUGGAACUUUGUCCACGUCCAUUGAAGCACCAGCUCAGUGUUAUUGCACAGAGAAUUAUAAAUGAGUACCCGAAUUCAUUCAAAGACUGUCUUGAUGGGACUGUAAUUGGCAGUGGGUAUGACUCUUUGCUGAACCAGUUUUGUGCAAGAGUGGAGAAUGAGCUGCGGAACGAAGAACAUGCGGACAGAGUACGUGUGAGAAAGUCACAAUCACAUCACCAGAAAGAAUAUGGCUGUAAAAGUGCCCCCAAGGGUACCAGCUCACUGGAAGAAUGUGAAAGGGAAAAGGAAUCCCUGAAGGACAUGCACAUGCAAAUGACGGCGUCAGCUGAGGAAGUGACAGUGCUCAUGAACUCUACGUUUCCUUUACAGCACAAGGAAGUGCGUUCAGGAACAAUUGCAGAGCUAAAAGUUUCAUGGCCAUACCUGUUCGAGGAGAUAGGACUUUUUUGCCACUUUAAAAACCUUGUUGGUUUGAGCAUAAAGGAGCAGUUUGUCAGCGCGAUAGGAGAGAAGAAAACUGCUAUAUUGCAGAUGAUGGAAGCUGAAGGCAAGCCAGGACUACUGAAUGCAAUUAGUGAUGUGAAAUCUGUGGCAAGCGAUCCUUCUGCUGAGAGCAUGGGAGUUGUGGUACUUUUAAUACAGUACUUCAAUGAAGAUGUCGACAUCCUGAUGCGGCAUGAAGAGAUAUACAUGACACAGCAAGAAUUAGAAAAUGCUGGUCUGCCUUUGACGCCAUUCCUUGUUGCCUUUGGGGAGCAGCGCUUGAAGUGCAGCUGCUUCGCAUUAAGCAUUGACGGCGUAGUUGUGAAUCAGGGGCUGAGUGACUUCAACACAGCGUUCACUAUGCUGAUGGCAGCAUAUUUUACAUUUGGCAUAUGCUACCCACCUGGCCUGGAGGCAACGCUGGAAUUUAUUCAGAGGGGCAUACUAGGGAUUAACCCAGACAGAGGAAGUAAAACGAAGAAGAGGAGGUCCGCCGUCAACAAGAAAGUUCUGGACAUUGUUGGGAAGAUCGCGGAGAUUCUGUGA